ACGUCACCUUCAAGUUCUACACUUGUUUAUAAUAGAGGUCCUAGCUGGGGUAUCUUUUCCCUUUUAAAUAGUAGGAAACCAGCAAUCGACUGAGAAUUCAUAAUAAUUUUCAAAGCCAAGAGCUUAUGUAAUUUUGUUUAUAAAAGACAAACAACUCCGAUAUUUUUCCGGAGUGUUCCAUAUUCAUUUCUACUCUUAAUUUUCUGUCCUCUUCGUCUCCUCAGUUUCUUCCCUUUCUGAUUUCUUUGGUCGUUUAAUAUCUCCAAACACAGUCACAAUAGUUGUAGCCAUGGGAACUCAAGCUCCAUCGGAUUACAACGACUCAAAGGUUGAUACAAGAACUGCAGAAGAGAAGGCAAUCGACGAGUGGCUUCCCAUUACUUCUUCAAGGACUGCAAAAUGGUGGUAUUCAGCUUUUCACAAUGUUACUGCUAUGGUUGGUGCUGGUGUCCUCAGUCUUCCUUAUGCCAUGGCAGAGCUUGGAUGGGGACCUGGUGUAACAGUGAAUAUAUUAUCUUGGAUUAUCACUUUAUACACACUAUGGCAAAUGGUUGAAAUGCACGAAAUGGUUCCAGGGAAACGUUUCGAUAGAUAUCACGAGUUGGGGCAACAUGCUUUUGGAGAAAAACUUGGGCUAUGGAUUGUUGUGCCCCAACAACUACUUGUCGAAGUUAGUGUUGACAUUGUUUAUAUGGUGACAGGAGGAAAAUCACUCCAGAAGGUCCACGAAUUGGUUUGCACUCAUGAUAAUUGCGCAAAUAUCAAACUUUCAUACUUCAUCAUGAUAUUUGCCUCUGUCCAUUUUGUUCUCUCCCAUCUUCCCAACUUCAAUUCGAUAUCUGCUGUGUCUUUGGCAGCAGCUGUUAUGUCCUUAAGUUAUUCAACAAUUGCUUGGGGCGCAUCAAUUAAGAAGGGUGUACAACCGGAUGUGGAUUAUGGGUACAAGGCUCACAGCACGCCAGGAACCAUUUUCGAUUUUCUCAGUGGAUUGGGAGAAGUGGCUUUUGCAUAUGCAGGUCACAAUGUGGUGUUGGAAAUUCAAGCUACAAUCCCUUCAACACCUGACGUACCUUCGAAAAUACCCAUGUGGAGGGGAGUUAUUGUUGCUUACAUAGUUGUGGCUCUCUGUUACUUCCCUGUUGCUUUUAUUGGAUACUGGAUAUUUGGAAAUGCAGUGCAAGACAACAUUCUAUUAUCUUUGAACAAACCUACAUGGCUCAUUGUCAUGGCUAAUAUGUUUGUCGUCGUCCACGUUAUUGGGAGCUAUCAGGUCUUUGCAAUGCCAGUGUUUGACAUGCUCGAGACCUUUCUUGUUAAGAAAGUCAGGUUCAGGCCUACGUGGUACUUGCGAUUUGUUACCAGAAACCUUUAUGUUGCUUUCACAAUGUUUGUUGGAAUCACCUUCCCUUUCUUUGGGGGUCUUCUUGGAUUCUUUGGAGGAUUUGCUUUUGCCCCAACAUCAUAUUUUCUGCCUUGCAUCAUUUGGCUGGCAAUCUACAAGCCAAAGAGAUUCAGUCUUUCUUGGAUUGCUAAUUGGAUUUGCAUAAUUUUUGGAGUUCUAUUGAUGGUUUUAGGACCAAUUGGUGGGUUGAGAUCCAUCAUAGUACAAGCAAAGACCUACAAAUUUUACGAUUAGGCUUCUCUUUCUUGGUUAAGGAGAACUUUUUAUCAUCCAAGUGCGAGAAAAUGGCGAUGAUUAUGCAUCUGAUUUAAUUUCUACAGAUAGAUGUUUUUAUCGCAGAGGAAUUUCUGGCUAGAUACUGUGUGUGUUUUGGCUUAAAACUUUAUAGUAUAGGUUUUCUUCGUAUGUAAAGAUACGAUUAAUUUCAUAGUAUUGUUCAUUAUCAA